CUUAAUGGCACAUCGGCCAUUCAUACGCGUGCGACACCAAUGUCCUUGAAUUUGCUGCCUCUGCCCCUAUGCUGCCUUCGCCAGCGGCACUCAGGCUUGACCGUGGUCACGGUGGGCCCCAGUGCCACCGAGGAAGUCAAGCAAGAUGCAGCGGCAACCGAGUCCGUCGUAGGCGCACAUCAACACCAUACACGCCACCCCACAUCAGAAUGUGGGGUGGCGAUCGUUCACAGAUAUCUGCGAUCGUUCACAGAUAUCUGCGAUCGUUCACAGAUACAUACGUCAACUCAAAACAGGCAGCAGACCACUCACUACUGCACUGCAAAGGUGCCAACCCUCGCAUCGGACCACUGUGACAAACACACCGCUUCACUCUGACAGCCCCGUGCUCGAUCAAUCAGCCACAUACAUACAGACAGCAAGUCUGACAGCGGGCAACUCCAGCACUUGUAAGCUCCACAGCUGGCUCAGAAUCGGUAGUAGGGGUCGAGCUUCUGAAAGGGCAGUCUUGCCGCCACCGGGUCAUACUCCUGCACAUAGUCCACCAUGGCUGCAUUCUUGAGCGCCGCGUCCAGCUCCGCCUCGUGGCACCGCUGCUUGUCCUGGUACCUCUUGCGGCUGGCCAGGGCAAUGGCCUCUGAGUCGAACCAUGCCGUCUUGACGAACAGGUAGCUGAGCUGCAGGGGGUAGAUGGCGAGGCCCAGCCCCGCGCCGAAGAGGAUGGAAUGAGCGACGGAGGGGCCUCGGAAGAUGUUGUUGAAGAUGGCCACGGCGCCGCUCUGCAGCCGACUGGCGAAGGUUGGGGGAGGCGUCGCCAUACUUGGGCAGCGCAGCACAAACAGAGGCAGAUCUGCAGCGGAUGUGGAUCUCCAAC